CAAUACCAACAUGGCAGCUGCGCCGGGACAGGCAGUACGGUCCCGCAGGCGGUCGGAGCGAUGACAGCCGCCACUGCGCCCGACCCACCCCGCUGCCACGAUGCUCGGCAUGUAUGUGCCCGAUAGAUUCUCCCUCAAAUCGUCCAAAGUACAAGAGGGGAUCGGCCUGUACACUGCCAGACGAGUGAAAAAGGGUGAAAAGUUUGGGCCAUUUGCUGGAGAGAAAAGAAUGCCUCAUGAACUGGAUGAAAGCAUGGAUCCAAGGCUGAUGUGGGAGGUACGUGGAAAUAAGGGAGAAGUUUUGUAUAUUCUGGAUGCCAGCAAUCCUCGGCAUUCAAAUUGGCUACGCUUUGUCCAUCAGGCCCCAACACAAGAAGUGAAAAAUCUGGCUGCAAUUCAGGAGGGCGAAAACAUUUUUUAUUUGGCUGUGGAUGACAUAGAAACAGACACUGAAUUACUGAUUGGUUACCUAGAUAGUGAGAUGGAGGAGAUAGAAGAAGAGGAGGAAGAGAAAAUAGUCAACAAAGAGGAUGAAGAAAAUCCUAAAGAUAUUCAAACAUCUGGUGACAAAGAUCUGUUGGGCAAUAAAGAAGGUUACAGUUGUCCACAAUGUGAGUGCUGUUUCCGGAGCCAGGACAUCUUGGCAGAGCACCUUCAGUCUCUACACCAGAAGCCCAGUGAAGAAAAGGAAUUCAAAUGUAGGAAUUGUGGCAAGAAGUUCCCCAUUAAACAGGCCUUGCAAAGACAUGUUCUACAGUGUACUGAAAAUAUCCUUCCUGAUGACAGCUCUCGAAGCUUUCAAUGUUCUGUGUGCAGCAUCUCCUUCAGCUCCGAGUCCAGUUUUGAACAGCAUAAGGAAGCCUGCAAAGAGGAUGCCAGGUUUGUUUGCAAGGCUGACAGCUGUGGGAAAAGGUUCAAGAGCAAAGAUGCCUUAAAGAAGCACAAGGAGAAUGUGCACACAGGAAACUCUCGGAGGAGAUUUAUGUGCUCUGUGUGUAACAAGAAGUGUUCUUCGGCUGCAAUUCUACAGGAGCAUCGAAAGAUUCAUGAAGUCUUCAACUGCCAGGAGUGUGACAAAAAAUUUAUAUCAGCAAACCAGUUGAAACGCCAUAUGAUUACCCAUUCAGAGAAACGCCCUUACACCUGUGAGGUCUGCAGUAAGUCUUUCAAACGUCUAGAUCAAGUAACUGCGCAUAAAAUUAUCCAUAGUGAGGAUAAGCCAUAUAAAUGCAAACUUUGUGGAAAAGGCUUUGCUCACAGAAAUGUAUACAAGAACCACAAGAAGCACAAGGACCUGGGGAAGCUCUGCAUAUCGACACACUCAGAAGAGAGACCAUUCCAAUGUGAGGAAUGUAAGGCUUUGUUUCGAACUCCCUUCUCCCUGCAGAGGCAUCUACUGAUUCACAACAGUGAACGCACCUUCAAAUGUGAUCACUGUGAUGCAACAUUCAAGAGGAAGGAUACACUAAAUGUCCACAUUCAAGUGGUGCAUGAUGGGCACAAGAAAUACAAAUGCGAUCUGUGUGACAAGGCCUUUGUCACCCCCUCUGUGCUGAAGAGUCAUAAAAAGACACAUACUGGAGAGAAAGAGAAGAUUUGCCCAUACUGUGGACAGAAAUUUGCCAGCAAUGGAACGUUGCGUGUACACAUUCGAAGCCACACAGGUGAGCGCCCGUACCAAUGUCCCUACUGUGACAAAGCUUUCAGCAAGAAUGAUGGAUUAAAAAUGCACAUUAGAACACACACACGGGAAAAGCCUUACCAGUGCUCGGAAUGCAACAAAGCUUUUAGUCAGAAAAGGGGUCUUGAUGAACAUAUGAGGACUCACACAGGAGAAAAACCAUUCCAGUGUGAUGUCUGUGAUUUAUCAUUCAGCUUAAAAAAAAUGCUGAUUAGGCACAAACUGACACACAACCCAAAUCGACCAAUGGCAGAAUGCCAACUCUGUCACAAGAAGUUCACAAGAAACGACUACCUCAAGGUUCAUAUGGAAAAUGUGCAUGGAGAGACAGAUAGCUGAAGCUUCACAUUCCAUCGGAGAGCUUCAGGAUUCCUGGAGCUCAGACAAUUAUUGUUCCGUGCUGCGGUUGACUGCAAGUGUCAGUGGCAUUGGAAUGCUUUACCUGCUAGAUAUGGAUAAUUUACAAAGAAAUGAUUUGUAUUCUUCAACAGCUAAUAUGUUUUGUUUUAUUGAAGAUGACAGCCUGCUGUGAAUGAGGGAAUAUUGAUUUCAAAUGUUCAGGAUUCAUGACCUCUGCAACUGGUGACUCUGCUGCGGUUGUUAGAGAAUUUAUUCAGAAACACAGCAAGGUCUGCUUGCUUCUUUCUACCAGUCAUUUUGAUCAUCAUUAUCUAGAUUCAGACACUCUGUCAUCAUUAAUCCUCAUAUUGUCACCAGUACCAAAGAAUUCAUUUUGCCCUCUGAUCCUGACAAGCUUUUUAUACCCAUAAUGAUACUAUUUGUGUCACAUCGGCAUGUAUUAUUACUAUAAUGAUUUGCAACUUACACAUGCUAGACAUUUUU